AUUGUUGUUAUUCAGCAGAUUUUUUACACUCCCUUAACUUUGGUCUCUCAGGUCAAAUCUCCUCUUAAUCAUAUACUCCCUGCGGCUCAAAAUAAAAUUUAUGGCUCGGAUACACAUAUAGAUGAAGAAAAAUAUGGUGACAAAUCUAUAAAUAAACGGAACUCUACAGUAUUGUAAAUUUGUAAUAUAUGUAUAUAUCCCACAAGUAUCAUAUUUACAGAUCCCAGUUAAGAUGGGAAAUCCUACAUUGUCUCCCUCAACUCUGUUCUGCUCGGAAAGUGGAGGGUGGAGCUUCAAUGAUUACCAAAGAAAUGGCUCCACAUUGAUUCCUGCAGAGGAGGAAGAUCAUGAUGAUGAUGAUGGGUAUAUACGAAUGUUGCUUGACAGAGAAACCGCCAUUAAUGGGGGAUUCCAAAAGCUUGAACCUUCGCAGGAGAAAUGGAUCCAAGAAGCUCGAUCCAAUGCAAUACAUUACAUUAUCAAAACAGGAGCAGUUUUUGGGUUCGGAAUGCAAACGGUUUACCUGUCAAUCACUUAUCUUGAUAGGUUCCUUUCAAGAAGAACCAUAGUUGGAGAAAAGUGGUGGGCAAUGAAGGUAGUGGGGAUAGCAUGUGUUUCCAUAGCAGCAAAAAUGGAGGAAAGCAAUAAUAAGAUUCCAUCACUAACAGAGUACCCAAUGGAGGAGCCUUUCAUUUUUCAGAGCAGUUUGAUCCAAAGAAUGGAGCUUUUGGUUCUCAACACUUUGGACUGGAAAUUGCACUUCACUACCCCUUUUGAUUUCACUCCCUACUUUUUAUCAUAUUUCACUCCAAACCCUUCCCACCCUAAGAUGAUUUGCUCAACAACAACUGUGGAUAUCAUCAUCUUCAAUGCCCUCACAGAUGCAAAGUUAAUGAGGCAUAGGGCAUCUGUACUAGCAGCAGCAGCAACCUUACUGGCACUGGAUGGACUACUAGUCAAAGAGGAUCUGGAGGUUAAGAUCAAUGCCUUACCUUCAGGAUGAUGUUUUGUGGUGCUAUAAACAAAUGAAGGGAUUAGAAAUGG